CGCUUGCGACAGAUCGCGCUGCGAGUCAGUCCCUAGUGCGCAUAGUUUGUGUCAGUACGGACAGUUUUCUUCAGUCCUCCUCCACCGAAUGUGUGAGGCGCUGUGUUUUUCUUCAUUAUCAAAACGAACCGUGUAUUUAUAUUGACAGUGAGUGAUUAGUUGUUAUUUUUUAAUUCCAAGUGCGUUUGUUUUCCAUCGAGAUUUGUGCAAUAGUGAGUAGUGUGUUUCCUAGAGUGUAGCCUGGUUAGCCACUGAGGAUUACAAAUUAUCAAAGAAACAAUGUUAACACCUCGGAUACUAAGAAUAGCGAUAGUGCUAUGCAUCCUCAUCGCGAUCUUCUCCCAAGCGACAGACAGUGCGCAAACAAAGCGAAGAAUACGACGACCAACGAACUUAAAGUCAUCCGUAGCAAAACCAGAAGAUAAUCAAAUCCCUCCGAAAAAAGCACAGGAUCGGUCGGAUCAAGCGCCUGCCUCAGCAACGAAUCGAUUCCGUGUGCGUACGAAAACGCGUGGCUCUUUGGCAGCUGGUGCAGCAGCCGGUACUGCCGUUGUAGCUGGUGCCGCUAGUUCCGCACUUGUUUCAAAGAAAGCCCAAGUCGACAGUGAUGGCUACAAGAUCGUUUGCUAUUACACCAACUGGUCGCAGUACCGCACCAAGAUCGGUAAGUUCGUCCCGGAGGACAUCCCGGCCGAUCUCUGCACCCACAUCAUAUUCGCCUUCGGUUGGCUGAAAAAGGGCAAACUGAGCUCGUUCGAAAGCAACGAUGAAACGAAAGACGGCAAGACGGGCCUAUACGAGCGCAUGAUGACACUGAAGAAGGCAAACCCCAAGCUGAAGGUACUGCUCGCCAUCGGUGGUUGGUCGUUCGGUACGCAAAAGUUCAAGGAAAUGUCAGCCACACGGUACGCUCGGCAGACGUUCAUCUAUUCGGCCAUUCCCUUCCUGCGGCAGCGUGGUUUCGAUGGGCUCGACAUGGAUUGGGAGUACCCGAAGGGUGGUGACGAUAAGAAGAACUUUGUGCUGUUGCUCAAGGAGCUGAAGGAAGCGUUCGAUGCAGAAUCGCAAGAAAUUCGUCAACCCCGGCUGCUGCUAACGGCGGCCGUCCCAGUGGGUCCGGAUAAUGUGCGCGGUGGAUACGAUGUUCCGGCUGUGGCUAGCUACCUUGACUUCAUCAACCUGAUGGCGUACGAUUUCCACGGCAAAUGGGAACGGGAAACGGGACAUAAUGCGCCAUUAUAUUCACCGUCGUCCGACAGUGAGUGGCGUAAGCAGCUUUCGGUAGACUAUGCCGCUAAUCUGUGGGUAAAGUUGGGUGCACCAAAGGAGAAGCUCGUUAUCGGAAUGCCUACAUAUGGACGUUCGUUCACACUGUCGAACACGGAACGGUACAAGGUGAACUCCCCGGCUAGCGGUGGUGGUAAGGCUGGCGAGUACACGAAGGAAUCCGGCUUCUUGGCGUACUACGAAAUCUGCGAAAUGUUGCUAAAUGGUGCGGUGUACAUUUGGGACGAUGAGAUGAAGGUACCGUACAUGGUGGACGGUGAUCAGUGGGUUGGAUUUGACGAUGAGCGAGCGAUCCGUAACAAGAUGAGCUGGAUCAAGACGAACGGAUUCGGUGGUGCUAUGGUGUGGACGGUCGAUAUGGACGAUUUCUCCGGUACGGUGUGUGGCGGAAAUGUCAAGUAUCCACUGAUCGGUGCAAUGCGGGAAGAGCUACGUGGUGUUAGCCGUGGAAAGGAAGCGAAGGAUGUCGAUUGGUCCUCGGUGGCUGCUACCAUCGUCGAGAAGGAAGUGGAAAAACCGGCUCCUAUUAAAAUCUCCGUUUCGGAACUACUGUCCAAGGUGCAGAAACCUCAGAAGAAGAUCAUCAAGCAGGGUCUUGCAACGGUGGAAAAGAACUCACGACCAGCGCAAGUGUUCUGCUACUUGACGAGCUGGUCAGUGAAGCGCCCAGGUGCCGGAAAGUUCGAACCGAAGGACGUCGAUGCCACCCUCUGCACGCACAUCGUUUACGCGUUCGCCACACUCAAGGACCACAAGCUGACGGAAGCGAACGAAAACGAUCCGGACAUGUACGAUGAGGUGAUCGCACUCCGUGAAAAGAAUCCCGAUCUGCAGAUUCUACUCGCCAUCGGUGGAUGGGCGUUCGGUUCUACCCCCUUCAAGGAGCUCACCUCGAACGUGUUCCGCAUGAACCAGUUCGUGUACGAAGCGAUCGAGUUUCUGCGCGAGUACCAGUUCAACGGGCUCGAUGUCGACUGGGAGUAUCCACGCGGUGCCGACGAUCGUAAGGCGUACGUUGAUCUGCUGCGUGAACUACGCGUUGCAUUCGAGGGUGAAGCAAAGACAUCCGGACAACCGCGCCUACUGCUGACCGCCGCUGUGCCCGCCUCCUUUGAAGCGAUCGCGGCCGGGUAUGAUGUACCGGAGAUUUCCAAAUAUCUCGACUUCAUCAACGUGAUGACGUACGAUUUCCAUGGACAGUGGGAACGUCAGGUCGGUCACAAUUCGCCACUCUUCCCGCUGGAUUCGGCCUCCAACUAUCAGAAGAAGCUGACGGUGGAUUACAGUGCGCGCGAAUGGGUGAAACAGGGUGCACCCAAGGAAAAGUUACUGAUCGGUAUGCCCACGUACGGUCGAUCGUUUACGCUCGUCAACCAAACGCAGUUCGAUAUUGGUGCACCGGCUUCCGGCGGUGGUUUGCCCGGCAAGUUCACCAAUGAGGCCGGUUUCCUGAGUUACUACGAAAUCUGUGCCUUCCUCGGGGUGGACAACACAACGCUUGUGUGGGACUCGGAACAACAGGUGCCAUUCGCCUACCGUAAGGAUCAGUGGGUCGGUUUCGACGAUGAACGAUCGCUGAAAACGAAGAUGGAAUGGCUCAAGGAGGAAGGUUUCGGUGGAAUUAUGGUGUGGUCGAUCGAUAUGGAUGACUUCUCGGGUCGCUGUGGAAGCGGUAAAUACCCACUGCUGAACGUACUUACCAGUGAGCUGAAGGACUACAAGGUGCAGCUAGAGUAUGAUGGCCCGUACGAAUCCUAUGGACCACGUGGUGCCUACACGACCAAGGAUCCCAACGAAGUGACCUGCGCAGAGGAGGAUGGCCACAUCAGCUAUCACCCGGAUAAGGCCGACUGUACGCACUACUUCAUGUGUGAGGGAGAACGCAAACACCACAUGCCAUGCCCGGCCAACUUAGUCUUCAAUCCGAACGAGAACGUAUGCGAUUGGCCAGAGAAUGUGGAAGGAUGUCAGCAUCACACGCAGUCACCGGCGGCCAAGUAGAUCGACCGUAAAGAUCGACCGUUAUCAGUGUAUUCCGCAAGGCGACUAUCGUGAGCCAUUUUAAAAUCUUUCAUCUAUAUACGUUUUGUGUUCGAUUCCUUUUCCGAUCUAUUCUGCCUUAAACUUUACUGCCGUUUUGUUAGAUACAAAAAAUACUCUACACUGCCGGUACACCAACGAAAUAGGGGAAACAUUUGUCCCCCCUUAGAAUUCUUCUAGACCGAUUUUGACCCAACGUAUGGCGUGGAAAGCGACUCGUGAAGCCUUGGAGCCACUGUUUGUAAAUAUAUUAUAUCGUAUGCCACAUGUCCCCUUUUUUCUUGUACGCUUUCAUGCAACAUUUUGCACAUGCAAAUCUACGAGUUUUCCUUAUAACAUAUAACAACAUCCUGCUAGACAAAUGCCUAAACCGCAUCCUCAGGAGGUUGUUAGGGUGUAAACCUGUUUUGUUCCCUGCUCAUAGUUUACAGAUCACAUGAAAGGAGGUGCCGAAAAAGAGAACAAUACAUCAUUUAUUUAUAUAAAACCUUCUUGCUUGCAAACAAACAAAUCCCGUGUUGCGGUUAGUCUUCACGGAAAAGACUAUGAACCGGAAAAGGGUUUGAUGAGUAUGUUUGAGGUCUAUUCUUAACUUUGCUCUUGUUCUAAACAUUUAAAAGAUGCUAUUUAUGAAAAAAGAGAUAAAGCUUAAACUGUCAACGAUAGCGCAUCUGAAGAUGAAACAUGCACUAUCAAUCCGUAGGCAUUAGCCUCCCUGGGCCAGAGCCAUCCUCACGCUAACCUUUGACGGCGUCACGCUAGUAGUUUCGAAAGUCGCUUAACGCAGAAGAGAAAUCAAGCUUAAAAGAGGAGAUUUAUUUUACACACUUGGCACAUUAGCUGAAAACCGAUUGACACCUCCGAAGUUUGUUUGCUUGUUUUUUUUUAUUAAACACCAGUAAUAUCUGUAAAUGUCGUUUUUGAUAGAUGUAUAAAAACUGUGAUAAUUAAGUGUAUAUAAAAAAGGAGCCAGCGAAUGCUAAACCAGUGUGAGGAAAAUAUAAACGGAAGUGGUAAAUGGGGUGGGAAAGGCUGGAAUAAUUGAAUGAAAGGAAAGCACCAAAAGCGGCUUAAUAACAGCAGAACGAAUACAACAAAGCAAAAGGAAUUUGAAAUUACAAGCAAACGGCAAACAUUUAUACACGGAUCAAAUGGAGAGAAAAAAAACAAGAAACAACAAAAGAACAGAACAAAAUAGCAUCAAACAGACAAACGAAACAACUAACAGCAACAACAAGAAAAAAGCGUGAAGAAAAGUUUACUAUAAGCGAAAGAAGAUAAUGCACGAAUGAAGAAAAGCAGGAACUGUUUAAGCUAAACAGAUAGCUCAUUUUCUGUUUAUGAGAAGAUGACAAGUAAGCUGGUAGCGGCAAGGAAUACGUACGAACGUGUAACUAAAACAAUGCGAAACUGGAGACAAAAGAACUUACCGCCAAUUCGCCAACGGAAAGACGUCAUAUUAGUAGUUUCUUGUUUAUUUAACGACGAGUGGUAAAAAUGUGCAAUUACAUCCAGCCAGUACCAGUACAAUGUGAAGGAUAGAAGAGAUAAUGGAACGAUUGUUAUUUAAAACAAACAAAACCCAGAGCCGAACUUCUUCGAACAACGCCGUUAGAGUGACGUAGUUUCCGUACCGUGAGUAAGCGAUCGAGAGAAGUAUAAAAACAGCUGCGACAAUACUUUAUUUUUAGUGUAAAGAAAAAUAUGUUAAAAGUACUUUUUUGAUGAAUAAAUCACUUACUAGUAUAUA